AUGAGCGAAAACGACCUCCCACAUUUAUCUGAAGUUCUCAAGCCCUUCGACGUAGCCCACUCGCAACCUCGAGACUCUGCCACCUUCACUACACUCAAACGACGAGCCUCACCAUCCUUUGAGGAUGUCGCAGAUAUCAGUCGGAAGAGAUUGAAGGAGGCUGGUGCUCCUGAAAUCGAUAGAACCGAUGUCACUGAUAUGUCAAGCUUUCCGGACGAAUUGGCUCAAGACUUGCAGUGCGGAUGCUGCUCGGAGCUCGUCUACCGACCUGUACUUGUCAUGCCCUGUCAACAUUUCUUUUGUGGAAGCUGUUGCGUAUUAUGGAUUCGUAAUGGAGGCACGAAUUGCCCAGCUUGCCGUGGUCAAUCAACAAUUGUCAGCCCGUUCCGUGCAUUGCAGACUGUGGUCGAUACCUUGCUUCGCCUUGCACCUCAUAAAGCUCGCACGGAACGUGAACGCGAACAAGCAGAUGAGUUGUAUAAAGUUGGACAAUCCUUACGUCUGCCUGCACCGAGAGAAGCUUCGCCCGAGCCAAAUAUUAACCAGAGCACUGAUUUUGCCCACCCUUGCCCUCAUUGCUUGCCAGGUAACCCGUACGGCUACAGGUGUCCGCAGCCUGUCCCCGAUCCUAAUGUUGAUGCCGAGCACGCCUGGCCGCUAGAUGAUGGUCUGCCCCCAGGUCACGCCCAUUGUGGCAACUGUGAAAAUCUUCUGGCUGUUCGGGCCCCUGUAACGACCAGAUGCGAUAUGUGUCAGGUCUUUUUCUGUGGGAUUGGUGUUCAAGGCCGCUGUUUAGCGGCACCAAUUAUUUCACAGCAUCCUCAUGGACUCUCAGCUGUCAGCGACCUCAUCCAGAGUGCUGACGUCUAUGAGUGCUUUGAUGGCAACACCGUCGAAGUCGAUAUCAUGCUUGACUACUUAAACUCGCAGAGGUUAACGCCUAGGCAUAUUUAUCGCGAGAUCGUCACGCACAUCCAAUCGCAGCCUGGCGGUUUCCAACCUUUAAUCGAACUAGAUUUAUUUAGUGAUAUACAUGGUGUUGCAGCGGGAGCGGACGCAGCCGUAGAAGGCACUCGUAACAGAAUCUGCAGGGUCUGCGCGACAGAAGUCCUUCUAUGGGGGUUGAAAGAAUGGUGGAUACGUGAACGUCAGAAAGGUUUUCUUGAAGAGGCUGUCACGAAUCGCAAGGACUGCAAAGAUGGAAGUUCGUGCACCCAUCAGAGAGAGCUUGCACACGCACGAGAGUUCAAUCACAUCUUCACUUAUCCCGAACCCGAGCAACCUGCCCCCAAUCCUCAAGCAGUAUCAGAGCCUCCUGAAACUGAAUCCAACGAAGUCCCUGCAUCUUUAGAAGCUGAUACGAUUCGCAACAAUGAACCUCCCCCUUCCACUAAUCAUUCGACGCCAGAUCCUGAUUUUGCUACAAUUCUGGAUUAUCAUGCACCACCUCCACACUCUAUGGAUGUAGGCGAUGUCUUUUUAUGA